AUGACAGAUCCUCUUCCUUCUGCUGGCGCCGCGGCUUCCGCUGCUACACGUACUAGUAAUCCAAGCAGCGCCACAACAAUGAGUACUGUUGCAAGUAAUACCGGUAGUCAUGGAGCGAGCGCCUUGCUUUCAUCUGGUCUUUCGAAGGAAGUGGUUUCCGAAAAUAUUUUUCCCUUUUUGGAUUACAAAUCCAUCAUCCGAUGCAUGACGGUCAAGCCAAUUGCGGAUGCCUUUUGCCUGGAACAAUACUAUUGCAUUGAACACGGUCGCAAGCUAGUGCCACAGGAUGGGCUCUGGAAGGAAUUCAAAGAGGCCCAUAGUGGUGGUGAUGAUGAUGAAGAGGUUGGGGUCUCUCAGGAAGAACUUUGGAAGCAAAUAGAAAUUGAAAACAACAACAACAGCACACAAGAAGAAGAAACCAGCAAUAGCCCUCCAACAAGCAAUAGCCAUGACAAAGAAAAACAAUCCGGAAAAAUGGACCAGCAUACAUGUAAUUCCUUCCAACAACCAGAAUGCCCCGAUUGUUUGGAGGGGACACUCUUCAAUCGCGAAAGGUGCCCCAAUUGUAGUCAAGAGGGGGGUGAUGAUGUUUGGAUCCGACAAUGCUCCAAAUGCCCCGCUCGAAGCUGCAAUGAAUGCGAUGAAUCCAUCUUUAAUUGUGAAGGCUGUGACGAAGAGUUUUGUCACCCGCGUGCAAGAGUCCGCUGGGACAUGACAUACAGUGCAAGCAGCGAACUGAUUUCUUUUACUGUGACGGCUGCCAACACUCCUUUUGCCAAGAAUGCAGCUGUGAUUGCAUGGGAUCACGACACCAACCCACCUGCAAGGCGUGUGGCACGUGGUUUUGUCGCGAGUGCCAAGACCAUUUCUACUGUAAAGACUGUCGAUACUGGUAUUGCAAUGAUUGCAAGGAGACGUUCGUUUGUCAGGCUUGUGGAGAGAAAGUUUGUCGUGGCUGCAGUUCCCUCCUUACAUGUGAGACAUGUGUCGGGGAGUUUUGUGGGGGUUGUUGUAAAGGAGGCUUCUCUUGUGGCGUUUGUCAAAAGUCCUUCUGCAGGAGUUCAUGCAGCCCCCCAUUGGAAUGUGAAUUCUGCAGAGUAA